GGCUCAGGCCCUCGCAGCCCCGCACGCUUCUGGUCCCGACCCAGACUCAGAAAGAACCCACCAUGGUGCUGUCUGCCGCCGACAAGGCCAACGUCAAGGCCGCCUGGGGAAAGGUGGGCGGCCAAGCUGGCGCACACGGCGCAGAGGCCCUGGAAAGAAUGUUCCUGGGCUUCCCCACCACCAAGACCUACUUCCCCCACUUCAACCUGAGCCACGGCUCCGACCAGGUCAAGGCCCAUGGCCAGAAGGUGGCUGAUGCGCUGACCAAAGCUGUGGGCCACCUGGAUGACCUGCCCGGCGCCCUGUCUGCUCUGAGCGACCUGCACGCCCACAAGCUGCGUGUGGACCCGGUCAACUUCAAGCUCCUGAGCCACUGCCUGCUGGUGACCCUGGCCGCCCACCACCCCGAUGAUUUCAACCCCUCCGUUCACGCCUCUCUGGACAAGUUCCUGGCCAACGUGAGCACCGUGCUGACCUCCAAAUACCGUUAAGCUGGAGCCUCGGAGAUCCCCGCCCCGGGGUGGGGCCCUCUUGCACUCUGCACACCCCCCCUUGCACCCUGACCUCCUGAUCGUUGAAUAAAGCCUGAGUGGGCUGCAGUCUCUGUA